UGGGGUAUAUGGGGUUAAAAGGUCUGAUAAAUAGGAGGAGGUUAAACCAUGGAAAGAUUUAAAAACCAGCAAUAAAAUUUUAAAAUGUAUUCUAAAAUCAACUGGGAGCCGAUGAAGGGAGGCGAGUACAGGGGUGAUGUACUCCCGUUUGCGUGUACCUGUUAAAAAUCUGGCUGCAGCGUUUUACACGUAUUGCAGGUGAGACAAAGCGGGCUGACCCCAGAUAGAGGGAGUUUCAGUAGUCAAGCCAUGAUGUUAUAAAAGUGUGGAUAAUUCUUUCAGUGUCUGUAAAAGAUAAAAACAGUUUAACUUUUGCUAAGGCACAUAGUUGAUAAAAGCAGACUUUCACUACUACAGAAUUUAUUUGUUUUUCAAACUUAAAAGCAGAGUCAAAAAUCACACAAAGAUUUUUUGCAGAUUGUUGAAGCUGGGAUCAUAGUGGGUCAAGGCCUUUCUGUAGGGUGCUGGUGGAGUCUGGUGGGCCAAAUAGGACUAUUUCAGUUUUUUGUUCAUUUAGGAGUAGAAAGUUUUGAGCCAGCCAGUCUUUUACUUCUUGGAGGCAGUGGAAAAGUAAUUGUAGUCACUGUGGGAUUUGGCUUUUUAGUGGGAGGUAGAGCUGUUCGUCAUCUGCAUAAAAAUUAAAGUUUAAGCCGUGUUUUUUUAUGAGAGUGCCAAGUGGCAUCAUAUACACUGAAAACAGGAGGGGAGCUAAAACAGACCCCUGAGGAACCCCACAGACAAGGGGGGCCGAAGAGGAGGAUAAAUCAUCGAAGCAUACUUUAAAACUUCUGUUUUCCAGGUAUGAUUUAAGAAGAUUUAGAGCUUGUCCCUGGAUCCCAACCCAAUCUUUGAGCCUGGCGAUCAGCAUAUUGUGGUCACCUGUGUCGAACGCUGCACUCAAAUCUAAAAGAACUAAAACUGAACAGUUGCCAUCAUCUGCUGCUAAAAACAAGUCAUUAAGAACUUUUAAAAGAGCAGUUUCCGUGCCGUGGUUCUCUCUAAAACAUGAUUGGAACUUCUCAAGUAGUCAAGUAGUAAUAGGAGUAGAGGACUCCAAGGGAGAGAGUGUGGCAGCGUGGCAGAGAUUGGGCUUGCAGGCGGCUCGUGGAGGCACUGGAAUGAAUGGAGGAGAAGGCAGGAUUAGUCACAGGAGUGGAUGGCUGGCUGGCGAGGAGGCUGGGUCAGGUGUCAAGGUUCGGGGCCUGGCUGGAUGUAGUGGUGGACAACCUGGGGAGAGGGAUGCUGUGGAGCCGCCUUGUUGAGUGGGGUUGGAUGGUGUCUGCUGUGGAGUGGUGUGUGUUUGUGUGUAACCACAACACCAGAGGGGAUCACUGGAAGAACAGCUUCAGCAGCAGCCCUUGGCUCAUACGAGCCAUCAUGGACAACGGGUUUCGGACCCCUCUUGGCCUGUGGGUGGUGAGUGGACUGCACUGCCUCCCUCUGUGUUUGUACGGCUCUCAGAAAGGUUUACUCUCCCAGUGGAUGUACCUGCCUCUGUGGAUGCAGAAUCUAGUGACUGUGCUGCUAGCUGCAGGUCGCCUGCUUGCUCUGUCAGCAGAGAUGUGGUGUAUAAGGACGCACAUUGAGUACCUGACCAGUGAGGAGAAAGACGACAAGAAGAGCUGAAAGACACUCAGCAGUCAGUUAUAUUCUCCUGGAGGCAAGGUUUACAUUUAGUUUCCUGAAUUUUUCUAUUUUUUUUAUCAGAGAGCAAAAGCAUUGGUUACUUUAAGGGAGUUUCAAAUAAUUAACUUGAUCAUUAACCUCUCUCUUUCAGGGCUCUAACUCUGAAAUAAAUGGCUGUUGUUGAGGUACCAAAUGACCUAAAAAUGAACUCACAUCAACAACAGUGUUAUAUUUGACCUCUUGCUUUAUGUACAGCUUCUGAAAUAAGGGUUGCACCAGUACUAGGAUUAUGCAAAUGAUGCAUGUAUCAGAGAUCUAGUUGCAUUAAUGCAACAUAGGAUUUAAUGUAAAUAUAAUUAAAGAUCAGCUGAAUGGAUUUUGCUAAAUGCUGUUUUUUAAACUGAUGCAUUGAUUUUUUUGUGCAUGUGGCUCUCUAUGGCUCUCUGCUUUUGUGCAUGUUUGUGGAGUCUUCUGACUGAUUUUAUUAAUAAA